GGACAUUUUCUCUCUUAGUUUUUGAGAAAUUUUCGUUCUUUUUGUUUGUUUCAUAUGCACAGAGACUGGGAGAGCAUAAGCAUUGUUCAUUUCUUUCUAUGAACUUUGCAAAACUUAGCUCUAUCAUGUAUAUCAUUGAGAGGGAAAACCAAAUCAGGAGCUUACUUUGUCUCCAAUGAUUGAGUUGCUUUGCUAAAACACAAUAAACUUCUGCAUAAGUAGAGGGAGAUGACUAUGGAAGUUACUUCUGAAUCUCAGCAGCAUUCUGUCUACCACCACCAAAGCCAGCCAACUCCAGCAAUAGCUAUCUCCAACACCAUGUCAAAUAGCUUCUCAGCUUCCCAGCACUACAAUGGUGAUUUUCUGUCUCCCCUGUCUGUAAUGCCGCUCAAGUCAGAUGGGUCUCUUUGUAUCAUGGACUCAAUCAGCAGAUCACAAACUCCAGAAACAUUGCCAAACAUCUCCCCAAAACUUGAGGACUUUCUUGGUGGUGCAACUCAUGGAAGAGAGGCGGCCACAGCUCUAAGCUUAGACAGCAGAUAUUACAAUCAAAAUCCUGAGGCUAACUCAGAAAGACAACAACGUAUUCUUCUUCAUUCUGAGCGAUACUAUUCUGGAAUGUUCCAUUAUCCUGCUGAGGAUGUCAACAAGGAGUCUCAUAUUGCAAGUUAUUGCUCUGAAAUUCGACAAGAUAUGGAGCAGCGCAUCAAUGGCUGCUUUGGAGGAGGGAGGAAUUGCCAAGACUUGCAGACACUUAGCUUGUCCAUGAGCCCUGGCUCUCAGUCUAGUUGUGUUACUACACCAAGCCAAAUUUCUCAAUCUGGACAAGCCACCAUGGAGACAAAGAAAAGGGCUUUGGCUGAUCGAAAGCAGCCGGUCCAUCGGAAGUCGAUCGACACGUUCGGACAAAGAACUUCACAGUAUAGAGGUGUUACAAGACAUAGAUGGACUGGUAGAUAUGAGGCUCAUUUGUGGGACAAUAGUUGUAAGAAGGAAGGUCAAACCAGGAAAGGGAGACAAGUUUAUCUCGGUGGCUAUGAUAUGGAGGAGAAAGCAGCAAGAGCCUAUGAUCUUGCAGCUCUCAAGUACUGGGGACCCUCCACACACUUAAACUUCCCAUUGAAGAACUAUGAACUUCAAAUUGAAGAAAUGAUGAACAUGAACCGCCAAGAAUAUGUCGCGCACCUGAGAAGGAAAAGCAGUGGAUUCUCCCGGGGAGCUUCCAUAUACAGAGGAGUAACUAGACAUCAUCAGCAUGGGAGAUGGCAAGCUCGGAUUGGAAGAGUCGCGGGGAAUAAAGACCUUUAUCUUGGAACAUUUGGCACACAAGAGGAAGCUGCAGAAGCAUAUGACAUAGCAGCUAUCAAGUUCCGUGGCAUAAACGCCGUGACAAACUUCGACACUUCAAGGUACGACGUAGAAAGGAUCAUGGCGAGCAGUAGCCUCCUCUCAGGAGAAUUUGCAAGACGAAAUAGAGAUCACAAACCAACCAACGCCAUCAAACAUGAAGAACCAAAGCAGAACAUCUCUCGAACCGACCCCGCGGAGAUAUACAACAACAAUUUAGAUUGGAGGACUGUAUUCCACGAGAACCUGCUGCUGGAUCCAAGCGCAAGCGUCGAAUCCAUAGACCAAAAGUCCAUGGCCUCGAGCGGCGGAUACCUGAAUAAUCUGAUCGGAGUCGUCGUAGGUUCAAGCAAGUACAAGGCUCAAUUCUCCAAUGCUUCAUCUGUGGUGAGCAGCUUGAGCAGCUCAAGGGAAACUAGUCCUGACAAGCCAAAUGGCUCCUCCUCGGUUCCAUUUGGAAGCAAUGGAAGAAGUAUUUGGAAGCAAAUGAGGCCAGCUCCUAUUUCUUUGCCUGUUGAGUCAACUGUUGGUUGGAAUGAUGCCUAAGACAAAGCUUCGUUCCAUGUCUUUCUUCAUUGUUAAAAAAAACAUGUAAUGAACUGUCGGAACUGCACUCACGAACACAAGAAUCUAAUCCAAAUCCAAUCCACCUUGUUUUCCUCGAA